CAAUAAUGUUGAGUAUUUAUGAUAUUAUUGUUGACAUCACUGCUCUAGUUCCUGAUGAUGUUGAGGUUACACCACCACCUUUCGAUGAAUCACAUGACUUAGUUACUGCAGUAUCUAUAAUGCAGCCUCUACUAGCUCGAGCAAUACAGCUCCGAAAUAGAAUCGAAACCUUGGUAUACACCUAUUACUUAGGGAUGCUAUUCGCUCAUGCCACUAGUGACUAA